GACAAAAAGAUAAAAAUGAGGUUGGCUGAAAAAACAAGGUGGGCUGGGAGCUGUCCAUCUCCUUCUUCCCUCGGGGCUCUCCCUUGCCCGCGCGCUUUCCCCCCAACCCCCAGAGGGCGCUGUGGGAGGAUCCACCUCACUGCCGGCGGCGUCCCCGGGGAGGGGCCUCUCCCAUGGCCGCGGCCGCCUCUGCGAUUGCAAGUCCGGAAGACGCACUCUGGCAGCUGGGAGUGUGCGCCGGACCCGCACAGCCAUGCAGCCCCUGAAGGUCUUUUCUCCUGGCACCCUGUAUUCAUGGCUUUGGCGGCCUCCAAGCUGGGCUUGAGGCUCACUGGCCCUCUCCUGUGCUCACAGUUCUGCCUCUGUAUGGCUGAGGCCAUUCUGCUCUUCUCGCCUGAGCACUCGCCGUUCUUCUUCUGCUCCCGAAAGGCCCGGAUUCGACUCCACUGGGCAGGACAGACACUAGCCAUCCUCUGUGCAGCCCUGGGCCUGGGCUUCAUCAUCUCCAGCAGGACUCGCAGUGAGCUGCCUCACCUGGUAUCCUGGCACAGCUGGUUAGGGGCUCUGACACUGCUGGCCACUGGUGGCCAGGCAGUGUGUGGACUCUGCCUCCUCUGUCCCCGAGCAGCCAGGGUCUCAAGGGUGGCUCGCCUCAAGCUCUACCAUCUGACGUGUGGACUUGUGGUCUACCUGAUGGCUACGGUAACAGUGCUCCUGGGCAUGUCCUCAGUGUGGUUCCAGGCCCAGAUCAAAGGUGUAGCCUGGUACUUGUGCCUGAUGCUGCCCCUUUAUCCUGCAUUAGUGAUUAUGCACCAGAUCUCCAGCUCCUACUUGCCAAGAAAGAAAAUGGAAAUGUGAGUUCCUCCGAACUCUGAAUCUCAGUGGGACACUUGCCUUGGACUUAAGUGAUUCCUCUGGUCAUCUUCAAGGGAUCCAUGUCAGAAGUGGUAGCGUGUUUGUACUUAUUAGCUGGGUCAGGGGCUGCAGAAACCGAAACCACUGUUGCUGAUGGAUGACUCAGUGGGCUGAAAUGGGGAAGUGUCCUGGAUGCAAGUGGAAGGUGAUGGGUGGCUUGAUGCUGAAGUCUCCACUUUUAAUGGGAGACAGAAAUGUUGGGUGGUGGCGGCAAUGGUGUUGGCAAUCAUUUUGUGCUUGUGUGCCUGAUGAAGAGUUGGGUUCCUGUACCUUAUAAAUGGUAGCUAUGGCUUUUUGGGUCACUUGUGAGAAAGCAGUGUGGUAUAAUAGAAAGAGCACAUGGGCUGUAGUCCUCCUAGGCUCUGUUGUGCGACUUUAGGCAAGUCCUGUGUCUCAGGGCCUGUUUCCUCAUCUGUGCAAUGAGUGAGUGUUUCUAAACAACCUCCCGCAUUCAGUGCCUGCCAGGUUGAUGUCACAAAACACUCCCCCAGCUCUGGACCAUAGGCUGGACCACUCAGCAGACUCAGGUUGUAAUUCUUACAUUCAUAUCCCCUUUCCCCUCUGGAAGGACAGGGCUGCUCUUGUGGCCUUUUCAGGAAUCUGCAGAUUUGGCCUGUGGAGUAGGGCACAAGGAAUCAGGCACUGUGAAAGGCACCCAGGUGAGGGUCUCCUGAACUAUAAGACAGUAAAGGCACUAAGUCACUUUAAAGCUUUUUGGAGGAGAAGAAAGGCAUUGGCUUAACCAAGCCUAUGGCUCUGGGCUCGGCUUCUCAGCCCAGCUAAGAACCUCCUUCAGCCCUCAGGAUCUGGGCUUGAGGGCUGCAGGGCACAGGUGCGCUCCUUCCCUUGACAUCCAUUCUCAGUGGUAAAGUAGUCCUGAGCAUCUCAUGUUUUGCUGUUUUUAGGGCUCAGGGUUCUUGCCUUUAACACAUAGCUUCAUGGAACUAUUCCAAAAUUUUUAGAACAAAGAGCCAAGGAAGUGGAGAAGGGCUCUAGGGAAAACAAAGUCCUCCUGGUUCCUCUUCUCCCCUUGUCAGCUAAGCUUCCUUCAGUUGUCAUCUCUUCCCAGCUGUUUGGCCCUGGAAGGGGCUGAGUUUGGUGCCAGCUGACAAAAGAGGGCUAGACCUUCUUCCCUGCAGAGACUCCUCCUUGUUCCAAACUGAAAGUAGUUCCCCAGACUGCCCUUGGUGGUGAGGGCUGGAAGCCAGACCGGCUAAGUGUGCUCUGACUCAGCUGGGGAGAAGGGACCUCCAUAGAUCAUGGCAAGGACCGAGGACAGCUGAGCCAGGAAAGCUGGUGUUGAGGCAGGUAGGGACAGCUCAGUGGAAAUCUGGAAGGCUCCAGAUCCAGGAACAGUGGGGAGAUUCCUCUAUGGCAGUAUUCUGGAUGUCCCAGGUCUUCCAAAGAUUCAAGACCUCCUCUCUGGGUGGUUCAGAAAAAGGAGGUUGGUAUGAUUCAACAGUACAGGAAUGGAGACUGUAAGAGCAGAAAUGUCCUCUGAGUAGACCUCAUUAGGACCCUCCUGGGUUAGAUAGCAUCUCCCAGGAGCUCUCUAGACCCUGGGCAUCUAAAGGGGGCCCCUGCUGUGCAGAGGGUGAUUGUGCCUCUUUCACUGCCCUCUCUCACAUCUCAAACUAUCCAGUGUGGUCUGAGUUUGGAAGAGAUGAUUACUGGGGCUGCAUGGAGGAGAUUCUCACAUAAGGUCACUUGAUCAGGAAUUCCAUUUACUCUUCCCCCGUCACACCCUGUCUGCAGCAGGGUGAGAAGGCAGAGUAAGGUUUACAGCUUGCCCUGAGAGCCAAGCAGGCAAUGCCAUAAAGCCUGAGCCUGCCCGAGGUGUUGCCUCCUCCCAGGUGGUGCGGGGGCUGGUGGGUGGGCAGGCGGGCUGACAGCCAGCAGUUUGCGUGGGCAGUGCCAGCUGAUGUCUAUUCCCAGCCCUGGGAGGAAGGGGAAAGUCAUUUAUAUUCUGCAGGAAGAAGAGGCCCCAACUGUCACCUCUCUGACCAGUAAGCCUGGAGGGCAGGGGCACAGGGCAGAGAGGAGGGCAAAGAUGGUCUCCUGCUUAGCCAGUCUGACUGCAGUAUAGUGAGUAGGUCACCAGGAGGAGCCCUUCUUCCUGGCUGAGCAGACUGUCGGGGGUGGGGGUGGGGGGGACUUCACUCCCGUCCUCUCCCCUCUUUGCAGGGCUCCCUUCAUCACCACCUACCCUCACAUCCUGGGGACCUCAGUGCCAAGGCACUCUUCCUCUGCCUGAGACCCCGGUGGCUGCCGGCUACAUAUGCCUCUUGCUUGUGUUUUCCUCCUCCCUGCACCAUUUCCUCCACCUCUGUAGCUCCCCAUCUGGGAUAGGAGCUGGCCUCCUCUGCAGUGAGGCAGAGGCCUUGGGGAAGAAGGAAACAGCUGCCCUUUUGCCGUUAUCCCCUGGCUAGGGAAAGCUGCUAGUAGUCAGCCUGUUUUGCCUUAGGAAAAAAAACAACAGGGUGCUCAAAUAAAAAUUUAAAAAUUGCAUGUCAUUUGCACAGAUCUGCAUAUCAGACUAAGUCCUAAUUCCAAAUAUGAUAAUAUUCAAACUCAACCUUGAGGACAUUAGAAAUAUAGAUGAUUUUGUAUCCAAAUCUAAAGAGUAAUAGGAUUACCAUUCUGGGUUCAUAUGUCCCUUCCCCACCCCAUCUCUCCUAUAGCUCCCCCUUCCUUGAGCCCCACCAUGGCUGAGGGUGGUGUUGAACGGCAGGAGCUCUGUGCCCAGUGAAGUCUUUCAGCCUCACUUUCUUGGCUUGUCAGCUGCAUCAAAGGAAGGCUGUUGUCUCUGGGCAGCCUGUGCCUCCUCUCUCCCCACCCUCUCACAGGCCAGACUACUCCUCCUGCUCCCUGACACUGGCCUGUCCCUUCUUUCUCAUUGCCCCCACCUUUCCACCCCCAUGCGUGGCUGCUACGGGUCUUGUUUUUAAAACCUCACUGUGGGAGAUCCAGGCAUCCUCCCUGAGCCAGCUGGCUGCUGUGCCAAGGCCUGUUCAGAGUUAAUAAUUAUCAUUAGCUGAACAGUGCUGGGGUUCAGCUCCAGAUCUCUAAGCACUUGCAGGCUGAGUCAAUCAGCCUCACCUUCCCCCUCUUCCUGGUCUAUAGAGUGUAAAAGAAUGGGAGGCACUGGGAGACUGGAGGAGGGGUCAUAAGUCUCACUUCCCAGCUGUGGCAUGAGACUUUUUUCCUUUUUAAGUGGGCUCUGAGAAUCCCCUGAGUAAACCAAUAUGGACUUUUCACCUGAAAAGAUCAAGAUGUAGAGAACACAGUGUAUGCUUUUCUGCAUUGACCUUGAACCUGUAGUACUGCCCAUCUGUUUACCUGUGGCCUCCAGAGGACAACCCUGGUCCUGAAGCCCUGACCUCAGCAUUUCUGCUGGCCCUCUGUGGGAUUAGGGAUUAGGGAGGUGUCUGGUUUAGUGCCCCUGCUGCCCCUCCAUCUGGGGGGCAGAAAGAGCUGGUAUAACAUGCAGUGAGGAGUGCAUUGCCCCGGAAGCCAGGAAACCUGCAGUCUCUUCCUAACACUGGUGUGGCCGUGGGCAGAUCGCCUACUGCUCCACCUACCUCACAAGCCUGUGAGAGUUAUGUGAAAGAAUGCAUGUUAACAGGCAUUGGAAAGUUCACUGUAGUUUAACCAAAUGCAAACAGGUGGUAUUAUGUUCUUGUCCUUUUCUUUCACUCAUCCUGGUUUCAUGCUUCUUUCAAGGAGGCAAUAAACAGUUAUGGAUAAUGCUGGUUAGGGGACCCAAGUCCAAGAGAGGUUUUGUUGCUGGCAAUUGUAAAAGAACACAGACACAUUUCCUCCUUCCAGAUGCAAGGUCAGUUCUCAUCCAGGACUGCCACCAAGGCGAUGACUCUGGUGAACCUUGCCCUGCAUGCUGCAUGCCUGGGGUUUUCAAGUCAUGGGGACGAGUACAAAUCUGAAGGUGAGUGCAGUUAUCCCCCAAGUCCAGCUUGAAGUUUCUGGAGCUGGUCUUAGUGUGGAGCUACUGGUCACACGUCUGUCUAAAUCUCUACCACCUAAUUCUGCUCUUCUGAGGGAACAGUGGAGCAGAUAAGCCAGGAAGGGAGAGGCAACAGUAAUGGACACAACACUGCUUUCCCUUACCCUCUGGUUUCCCCUGUGGUCACAGGCUGAGGAGUGCAUGCCUCAGGCCUUCAUGCAGGGCACUGGGGAUGCAGAGCUCUGAGCCAUGGCCCCCUAGCUUGUUCACAGGUUUCCCUUUUCUUGUUUCAGGCUCUUAGAGUAAGAUCUGAGAGUCCCCUCCUCCUCAAAGGACUUCAUUAGAAUUAAAAUACAUGCACACACGCACACAUACUGUGAAAGCUGUUCUGUUUACAUUUUGAAUUAGGGGAGGGAUACUUCCCAUUCCAUUUUUCUGACAACAGCCAGCAGUCUGCCUGGAGUGGACAUAGAAGCAGGAACAACAGCAGUGCAGAGACCUCAGUAUUCAUUUUUUAAAUCUUAAUUUCUUUUUUUUCUCUCCUGAGAUCCAGCAAUGAAAUGCCAGUCAGGCAUUGGGCCUUGCUUCAGCAGUUCUCCCAGCAUAGGCACAGAGAAGACACAGCUGCCAGAUGGGAGGAGAGUGCCCUAGAGGUGCCUUGGAGGGCAGUUUGAAGUAGACUGUCUCCAGUACUGGGCCAAGCUUAAAGUAGACACAGAGUACCUCCAGUAAGACCACCUUCCCCUUCCCUACUCACCCACCCAGCAGGCUUGGCUAGUCACCACUGUGCAGGAAAUAAGAGUCCCAGUUUUUCAUCCACCUGCUGUUGUCAGAAUUUUCCAGAUGAUUUUUUAAAACCUCUCUUAAGAGCAGAUUAAAAAGCUAUUUCAGGCUAUUCUAGGGUACCAGAGGAUUCAACUGUUUCACUGAGUAUACAUGAGGAGCCCCCAGUACCCUUUAAUGCAGAUUCCCAGUUAUGUCACAGUGCUUUCUAAGGAUGUCCAUGUCUGGGUUAGGCCUUUCUGCUUAGACCUAAAGCAAACUACAGCCAAGUGAAGGGAAAGUGGGAGGUGAGGGAAAAGCAGGACAAAGUUCUAUCCAGCUACACAGUGCUCCCCAACCUGCCUGCAUGUUUGCACACACACACACACACAAGCAUACACACCUCCCCCUAACUUUAGGGUCAGUGACUCUUACCUUGUGCAUGCCAGUGCUGUAGAGUGCCUGGAAGUCCCUGGAGUGCUCCAUGUCCGGGCUUAAGGAAGGUUGGUUCUCUCAGUACAUGGUUUCACACUCUCUCUGAUUCUGGGACGAUAACCAGGCCGACAUAGAUUGGGAGGCCUCAGGGCAGAUUUAAGUACCUCUACCAAUUUAUAUUUUCCACCUGGGUGUAUAAACCUGAUGAAGGGGUUCGACAUGGCAGCUGCUUUGGCCUUCUUCUCUCAAGCCCCAGGAGAGGAAGCAUCCAGCAUAGGCUCACUGUAGCCAAACCCCACUGAAGACCUGAGCCCUUCCUGCAAUGUUGUGGGUAAGGCGAAGCUUCACCAGUGAUCUGGGAGACAAGAUAUGGGGUACAAGAACUAUAGUUGCAGAAAGGGUUGGAGUUGAGACUUCCAGUGAAAGAGACCCUAGACUGGCUGAUCCACUAAACUCUAUUCUAUUCUAAAAGGCAUCUGUCAUAAUAGUCUCCAGUCCCCUGAAGUGCCACCUCAGAGGAGCUCGGGAAAGUACUGUAAGAGUGGCAGACAGAAUUGCACAUCUUGGCCAGAAUCUAGGAACCUGUGGCUUUGGAUGGAGAGAGGGGGAGGGUUAAGAGAUGUAGCCAUCUUCCUUGGGAUGAUGGAGAGAGGAGGAUGAAAACUUUUCAGUCUCAAAGACAGGGCUUGGCAUGGGCCAGAACAGAGGGGAGAGCUCCUAGGAGUCUUCCGAGACCUGUCCUCUACCAGAUUCACUCUCUUGGCCAAACUCAGCCAUAACAAAAACUGCUUUGAAAAGAUGAAAACUGCUAUACAAAUGUAGACUGGGGGGGGCACUCUGGCAUCAACAUCUGCCAUUUCAUUGACUGCCAAGGUUGAUUUGUCUGGUAUGGCUGGCUGUGAGGUACCUCUCUCUCUCUCACCACUUUGGUUGUUCCUCAUGAGGAGAAAAAGACAGCUUUCCAGACAGGAAACCUUUGGUUAUGAUUUUAUCAAUGUAAGAAAUUAGAUAAUUAUUCAAAUUCUGAUUCUUUUAAUUUGUUUUCCCUAUACCAUUUCCUCUCCCCUUUUGGAUCUAUCAUGAUAACCCCCUUCCAGAAGUACCAAGAGAGCAGCCAGAGAACGUGCAUGCUAAGAGUUAAUAGAACCCAAUCUGGUUCGGGGUGGGCCGUGUCUGUACCAAGAAAAUGGGGACUGCAUUUCUCUGUUCUGUGCAAUGCCUAGGACACAUUAAAUUGUCAAUGAAUAUCAGUCUGCCCAUUAGAUGAAUAUGCUUUUAGCCAAACUGAGUUACCAUUUACAUGAAAAUAUAUUGGUAAUAAUUAAAAUACUGUGCAAGUGA